AAAUUCACCAACUCUCUUCUCUCUUUCUCUACUCUUUUUCUCUCCCUAUAUAUUGCUAUACAAUAAUCUCACAAACCCUAUCCCUAUUCUGAAAAUGGAAGCCACGAUCUUCGAGAAAAGAAGAAGCUCAUCAUCAUCAAGCAUAUCGAUGCACAAACAGUCAUACUCCAUAACCAAAUCGAAGCCAAAGAUCCGAAUAAUUCACAUAUUUGCUCCAGAGAUCAUCAAGACCGACGUUGCCAACUUCCGUGAGCUCGUCCAAAGCCUUACCGGGAAACCAGACGACGAUCAGAAAGCCUUCAAAGCAAAACCUAGAAGAGAUAUUCACCGUCGUCUUCACCGUCAAGUCCAAGAGAUGAUCAGCACAGAGAAACUAAGGGAACCCGAGCAUUGUGAUCAAGGCUUCUGCUUAAACUCAGAAGAGAUCUCGAUGACUUGGAACGGUAAUAAUGUCGCUGGUGAGAGCUCCGGAGGGUUCUUGAAUGGUCUGGGAGAAUUAGAAGGUUUUAUUCAAGAACUUGGUGAUUUUCCGUAUCUGCCCUUGUCUUCAAUGGAUGCUUCUGCUUCGUCUAAUUCUUCUUCUUCCUCUCAUUUACAUGGUGGAUCCGUUUUCUCAGAUUCUCACCACCAAUUCGCUUAACUCUGUCUCUCAAACGAUGUAUUCUUUUUUUCUUUUUCUUUUUUAAACGGUGUCUUAUAUUUUUGUUUAUUAGGUUUU